AUGUCCAUGCCGCACGUCCUCGUCGUCCCUUUCCCGGCGCAGGGCCACGCUCUGCCGCUGCUCGACCUGUCCGCCCUGCUCGCGUCCCGCGGCAUCCGCCUCACGGUGGUCACCACGCCGGCCAACGCCCCGCUGCUGUCCCCUCUCCUCGCCGCCCACCCCGCCACCGUCCAGCCCCUCGUCCUCCCGUUCCCGGCGCACCCUUCGCUCCCGCCAGGCCUGGAGAACGCCAAGAACUGCCCGCCCUCCUACUUCGCCAUCUUCAUCCACGCGCUCGCCGCGCUCCGCCACCCCAUCCUCGCGUGGGCGAGGUCGAACCACCCAGUCGCCGCCGUCCUGUCGGACUUCUUCUGCGGGUGGACGCAGCCUCUCGCGGCCGAGCUCGGCGUCCCGAGGCUCGUCUUCUCGCCCUCGGGCGUGCUCGGCACCGCCGUCCCGCACUCGCUAUUUCGGCGGCUGGUCGAGCGGCCGUCGGACGCGGAUGACGGGUACAGCGUCGCCUUCCCCUCGAUCCCCGGCGAGCUGUCGUACCAGUGGAGGGAGAUUUCCGGUACGUACAGGAGCUACGUCGAAGGCCGCAUGGAUGCGCAGGUCGGCGAGGCGGUGAGGCAGAACUUCCUCUGGAACCUGGAGAGCUCGGGAUUUGUGUCGAACACCCUACGCGCGCUGGAAGGGAGGUACCUGGACUCGCCGCUCGAGGACCUCGGGUUCAAGCGCGUGUGGGCGGCGGGCCCGCUAGCGCCGGAGACGGACACCUCCGGCGAGCUCGGCGGCGAGGUUGGUGCAUGGCUGGACGGUUUCUCGGAAGGCGCGGUCGUCUACGUGUGCUUCGGGAGCCAGGCGGUGCUGACCCCGGCGGUCGCGGCCGCGCUGGCCGACGCGCUGGAUCGGAGCGCGGUACCGUUCGUGUGGGCCGUGGGCGGCGGCGGCAGUUUGGUACUCCCGGAAGGGUUCGAGGCGCGCGCAUUGGCGGCGAGGCGCGGGAUGGUGGUGCGCGGGUGGGCGCCGCAGGUGGCGAUCCUGCGGCACGCGGCGGUUGGGUGGUUCAUGACGCACUGCGGCUGGAACUCGGCGCUGGAGGCGGUGGCGGCGGGCGUGCCCAUGCUGGCGUGGCCGAUGGCGGCCGACCAGUUCGUGAACGCGCGGCUGCUGGUGGACGAGACACGCGUCGCGGUGCGCGCGUGCGCCGGCGGGAUCGGCGUGGCGCCGGACGCCGGCGAGCUCGCGGCCGUGCUUGCCGACGCGGUCGGGGAGGGAGGGGCCGGCGCGCGGGCCCGCGCCAAGGAGCUCGCGGCGGAAGCGGCCGGCGCGACGAAGGAAGGAGGGAGCUCGUGGGAGGAUUUGGAGCUGCUGGUGGAAUGGAUUCACAAGCUUUGAGUUGUUCAGGUGCCUCUUCAAUAUUUGUAUCCUACAGUACACUUGUUCUUAGCGAGGGAAAAAAUACAGUACGAUUUCAGAUGUUUGUAUCCUACAGUACAUUUUGUUCCUAGCGAA